AUGAAGAUGAAGAAGGUUAAACGCACGACCAAAAUGCUGGAAACUCCACCGCCGCCUCCUGUUAAGAUAAAGCAGACAGCAGCCCAAGCAGUGAAGAAAGUUGCAGCUGCAGCCAAGAUAGAAACCAAACGGAAUGGAAAUGCGUCGUUCCCAAUGAAGGACGAAGCUCCAGAUGCUCACCGACGACCUGUGAAGCAGCAGAAACGCGCCAAUAUGCAAGUAAACUCCGAUCGAAGACAAGCCACAGUCUCGUACAGCGGCGUGCCGUCGAAUCACACGUUGGACAACUUUUUCGACGAGAUUUUGGAGUGGAAAUUCUACGAGGCGUUGAGAAGAGAAGUACAGGGCAGUCACUCGCUCAAUAUAGCGAACGAUGGGUCCGAGGAAGGCGAAGUGGAGGUAGAAGUCGAGAAGGUACCGAGCAAGUUUCGCUCGUAUGAACACUAUUUCUCGGUCUGGAAGCCUUUGGCGCUGGAGGAAGUGCAGGCCCAGACGAUUAAUGCCGUGACGACGGACCGUCCCAACCCGAUCCCAGUGACUGUGAAAGGCUUUGGAGCGACGUUUAUUUCUAAGAGCUGCAAGAUCCGGGUGGACCCGAAGAAGCAGAAUAUCCCUGGUAUGCGACGCAAGGGUGGCUGGGAUCACCUCAACGAACUGUUUAUGAAUGAUUUAGUAUUGAUUUCGCCCGACCAAGACUACUUUCGUAAGGCUCUGGCAUCGUCUAAAGGCGUAAAGAUCGAAGCAAACGGCGAAGAUGCACAGGACACCUCAUCUGUAGGGUUUUUGGCCAUUGUGGCGACCCAGAGAGCGUCGAAAGAGGGAUUAACUAUGACGAUAUUGAGAUCGGGAUUGGGAGCGCUGGAGAAGGAGGAGAACAUCUAUCUCUUUAAGCUCAACAACCUUAUUACCAGUGUCCGAGAAUUCCGAGCGCUUUGCGAUUGCAGUCAUUACGGUCUGCUGCCGUUGCUGUUGUCUGGUGAACACAAGCAAGGGACUAUGCAGCUGGACUCGCUGGGUCUGAAGUAUGUCCAGUGGCUUUCGAGAACUUUCAACGACUCGCAGCGAGAAGCUAUCACAGCAGCAGCGACGUCAGAGGGAUUCACGUUGAUUAAGGGUCCUCCAGGUACAGGCAAGACUACGACGCUUAAAGGUUUGCUGAACUCGUUGCAUUUGCGCGAGUAUAAUCGGUAUUACAAUGCUGUAUUGGAUGUGGCGCGCCGACCGGAUAGCGAGACAGCCAAAGCGUGGGCUCAGGUGGGGAAUGAAAAGCCUCACAUCUUGGUGACGGCGCCGUCCAAUGCAGCAGUGGACAACAUUGUGAGCAAGGUGAUCGAGGAGGGAUUCUGUGAUGGAGAAGGGCGGCGAUAUUUCCCUAAAAUUGUGCGCGUUGGAAGAGGGUUGAGUGCAAGUGUCCAAAGCGUAGGUCUGGAAAACCAAGUCGAUCAAAUCUGCAGCCAGCCGCUGGAAGUUCUUGAGGGCCAUAUUGGCCGCCUACGCCAUGAACUGAUGGUGGUGGAGCGCGACUCGUUAAUGCUGCGAGACCAAUUACGGAAUAUUGUUGCCUGGAUCGAGCACGACCCUAUUAAGGCGCUAGAGGAGAUUGCACAGCAUGAUGCACAACAGAACCAAGCUGCGGUUGCAGCACGUGCAGCGGCCGAAGCUCAAUCUUCUCCAGUACCGCCGCCGCUGGAUUUGCCGCCGCCGUCUGCUCUUGAACAAAAGCCAUUGUCACCCCCGCCACCGCCAACCGCAUAUCCUGAUUCUCCUCCGCCGCCCCCAUCGCCACCUGCCCCUGAGAUCCCUGGCGAGGAAAGCUCAAUACACAGCACGAGCGCGUUUGAAGGCGGUGAAGUCGCUGCAAAUAUGCCAGAAGAGGAAGAAGAUGAAGAGUUUCCGGCUUCUUUUGGAGCCCCGCCACCGGCGUGGGACGAACAGGAGAGCUCUUUUAAUGCUGAGGCAAGCGGGAAGGCUUUAAACGCGUUUUUGGAUGAUGGCAGCAACUCUGAAGAAGAUGAACCCCUCCCAGGUGCAGCCCAUGAAGUCAAAACGGAAGAUCAGGAGGAGCAAGACGAGCCCUUCCCUGCUCCACCGCAGCGACAAACAGAAAUGGAAACAUCUUCAAGCGAGGAUGGAUCGUCUAGCAAACCUAUUGAAGUCGACGAUGACGAUGACAACGACACACCUGAGCAGGACGAACCAUUACCAGGUCACGAACCAAACGCGGAAGUUCGCGAACAGGUUAAACCCUUGUCGGUGGCGCUGGGACCUAUUCAGACUGCAUAUCACGAUGCUGCUAUCAACUCACCUAACAGUCCGUUGCCGUCAUCUCCGCCACCGCCGCCACCUCCGUUAUCACCGCCACCACCACCUCCAUUAUCACCCCCACCGCCGAGCGAUCUUCCUGAUGAUCGCCACUUUCCGUCUUCCCCGACUAUGAUGAUGCCUCAGUCUCCACGCUUACCCCCACCGGCUGCACCAAAAGAGACGAAGGAAUGGGGCCCAAUUGACUACUCACGGUAUCACCCCUAUGUGGCCAUGGCUCAGCGGAUUAAUGGAUGCUUGGAAAAACUCUCUGAGGUCAAGUUGGAGUUACAGCGGUUUGAGUUCGCUCGCCAAGCAGUGAGCGAGAUGAGAGGAAAACUCUCUCAGUCCACACGACAAUCACUAGAAGUUUCGUUCCUGGAUACGGCACACAUUGUGUUCACAACACUGAGCAGUGCCGGUGUUGCUGCACUGGAUGCAAGCGCUCGCUACGAUGUACUCGUAGUGGACGAAGCAGCCCAAGCUGUCGAACUCUCCACUAUUAUCCCCAUGAAAUUUGGAAGCAAACAGUGCGUGCUGGUUGGCGAUCCUCAGCAGCUUUCAGCAACAGUAUUCUCGCGUAACAGCGGCCAAUCCCUGUACGAGCGGAGUUUGUUUGAGCGACUGGAAAGCUGCGAGCAUCCUGUACAUAUGCUGCGAACGCAGUACCGAAGUCACCCUAUGAUCUCCGACUUCCCCAGGAAUUACUUUUAUGGCGGCAAGCUUCAAGAUGGCGACAAUGUAAAGGGCGACGAAUACGUCAAGCCGUACCACAGUCUUGGACCUGCUUUCAUGCCGCUGGUGUUCUGGAACCUGCUCAGCAGUCGAGAGAAUUCUACAAAGUCAGUAUCGCGCAUGAAUGUCGGCGAGGCGGAGCUAGCAGUGAACUUGUUUCUCACUCUGAAGAACUCCUGUCCUCCAAACGCGAUCGCCGGGAAGGUCGGUAUGAUUACUCCGUAUAGCCAGCAAAUGGAUGAGCUAAAGAGUCAAUUCCGCCGCGUAUUGGGCGACCGCUAUGAGCAAGAGGUCGAGAUCAACACUGUCGAUGGCUUCCAAGGACGCGAGAAGGACAUUAUCAUUCUGUCCACUGUCCGAGCUGAUCCCAAAGCUGGUGUUGGUUUCUUGAAUGAUAUCCGGCGUAUGAAUGUGGCUCUAACGCGUGCGAAGUUUGCCUGCUACGUGAUCGGAAAAGAGAACACGCUCCGCUCCUCGAAGCCUUGGUCGGCUCUAUUGGAUCACGUGUAUAACCACCAUUGUAUUGUACAUGUGCAUAGUCCGAAGUGCAAUUUGCUCACGUUGAAGCCGAUGGAACGACCGUCUGAGACGUCACGGAAUUCAGGAGCAUCGAGAAAUCAUCAUCACCAGGGGCCCCAACAGCAAUACGAUCAAUCGAUGACUGCUGACGGUUACGGGUCGAUGGGCAACGGGUGGAAAGGAAGAGGACGAGGGAAUGACGGACGCGGUGGACGACGCGGUGGACGAGGAGGUCGUGGACGUGGCAACCGAGGACGAGGGCGAGGAGCGCCAGUGCAACAGUACGCGCCACAACAGCAAUUUCUGCAAGGCCCAGGAUCGCAAUACUCUAAUCAAGUUCCACCGCGUGAGUACGGACAACCUCCACCUAUGAACAUGCCGAUGCAACAUGGAGGAAGACCUGCUAUGGCGCCUCAACCUCCUCCAGGAUAUUUUGCUCUCCGUGGCCCAGUACAGACCUUUCCUCCUUCUCCGAUGCAUGGUGCUGGACCUUACGCUGGAAAUCCCCCUCCGAACCUCUCUCGACCAGCGAAUAAUGGUGCUGGAAGAGGUAAUAUUAAUCCUCGAGAUCCUCGACAACGUGCUGGACGAGGAGCUGGGCCUCCGGGCUUUGGAGGCUGA